AUGCCCCAAACACUCAAAAUCGCAUCCGCGCAAGCACGCACCCUCUCCACGACCGCCGAAACUCUCGCUGCCCUCGAAGCUACCACAAAGCGCGCCGCAUCCCAAGGUAUCGAUGUCCUCCUAUUUCCCGAAGCAUAUCUGGGUGGAUAUCCUCGUACUUGCUCUUUUGGCGCUGCGGUUGGUGCUCGCGCGCCCGAAGGUCGGGAGCAGUUCUUACACUAUUUCCACGAUGCUGUCGAUAUGGGCGACACACCGAGCGGCGCUGGGCAAGAUUGGUUAGACAGAAAGCUCGAGUUGCCCAGGGGGAAGGAAUAUAGAGGUGAUGGGACAAGAGAGGAGUUGGAGAGGAUCGCAAGGGAAACUGGUGUCUUUGUUGUUACCGGAAUAGUAGAGAAAUCUGGCGGAACACUAUACUGUGGAGUUGUUUUUGUCGAUCCAAAGAGGGGCAUAUUGGGAAAGAGGAGGAAGGUCAUGCCCACUGGCAGUGAGAGAUUGAUUUGGGGGUUUGGAAGUGCCAGUACACUGAGGGCGGUGACAACAGAGAUCAAGGGUGUCAAGCUGUGUAUGGGGUCGGCGAUAUGCUGGGAGAACUACAUGCCGCUUCUAAGACAGAGCUUGUAUAGUCAGAACGUCAAUUUGUGGUUUGCGCCAACAGCGGACGCGCGCGAUGCUUGGGCGUCGCUGAUACGGACGGUAGGCUGCGAAGGUCGAUGCUUCGUGGUGAGCGCGAACCAGUGCGUCAAGAAGAAACACCUUCCGGAGUGGAUCUCGGGCCAGGCACAAUCACAGAGCAACGGAGAUGCAAUUGGCGUUGGUAGGAGAAUAUCGCAACAGGGCAGUGGGGCCGCUGGCAGACGACGAAGUACUAUCACGAAGACACCGGAGGGCCACGAAAUCUGUUUGCCAAUACCGGAAGGACAAGCGUCAAUUGCAAACGGCGACUCUUCAGCCAUCGAUUCUUCAUCGACUACAGAUGGCCCUCUUAGCCCCAAGCAGCAGCCGUUCUCGCAACUCCAGUCAUCAUCUGCGAACGGUGAAGAGUUUGUUUCUCGCGGCGGUUCUAUGAUCGUAUCACCGCUAGGUGACGUGCUUGCUGGGCCACUAUGGGAGCAAGAAGAUGAACUGCUAAUUGCGGACGUCGACUUCGAAGAUUGUGAGCGUGGCAGACUCGAUAUGGACGUUGCGGGAAGCUAUUCGCGCAUGGAUAGCUUCAAGCUCAGCGUUGAGGGUCUUGAUCUAAAUCCGCCUCCGAUGUAA